AUGUGGCUCUUUGUCUGCAGUCCAAAGGGUCACGGGUUGUCGGCACUCCAGCCCGGGCUCUGUCGCUAUGGAACCAAACUGGCCUGCUGCUACGGCUGGAGAAGGGGCAGCAAGGGAGUCUGUGAAGCUACAUGUGAACCUGGCUGCAAGUUCGGUGAGUGUGUGGGACCAAACAAAUGUAGAUGCUUCCCAGGAUACACCGGGAAAACCUGCAGUCAAGAUGUGAAUGAGUGUGGAGAGAAACCCCGGCCAUGCCAACACAGAUGUGUGAACACACACGGAAGCUACAAGUGCUUUUGCCUCAGUGGCCACAUGCUCAUGCCGGAUGCCACAUGUGCCAACUCUAGGACGUGUGCCAUGACAUACUGCCAGUACAGCUGUGAAGACACGGAGGAAGGGCCACGGUGUCUGUGUCCGUCCUCGGGACUCCACCUGGCCCCAAAUGGAAGAGUUUGCAUCGAUAUCGAUGAAUGUGCCUCUGGCAAAGCUGUCUGCCCCUACAAUCGGAGAUGUGUGAACACAUUUGGAAGCUACUACUGCAAAUGUCAUGUUGGUUUUGAACUGAAAUAUGUCAGUGGCCGGUAUGACUGUGUAGAUAUAAAUGAAUGUGCUGUGAAUACCCAUACGUGCAGCCUCUAUGCCAAUUGCCUCAAUACCCAAGGAUCCUUCAAGUGCAAAUGCAAGCAGGGAUAUAAAGGCAGUGGACUUCAGUGUUCCGUUAUCCCUGAAAAGUCUGUGAAGGAAGUCCUCAGAGCACCUGGUACCAUCAAAGACAGAAUCAAGAAGUUGCUUGCUCACAAAAACAGCAUGAAAAAGAAGGUGAAAAUAAAAAACACCAUCGUAGAACCUGCUGGGACUCCUGCCCCGAAGGGUAACUUGCGGCCCUUUGACUCUGAAGAGAGUGUUUCCAGAGAUGGGCACCCAAAUGGAGGGGAAAAGGGGAAUGAGGAGAGAAAGAGAGAGGGGCUGGAGGAAGAGAAAAGAGAUGAGACAGCCCUGAAGAACCACGUGGAGCAGGAACAAAGCCUUCGAGGAGAUGUGUUUUAUCACUUUUGAAGCAGAACGUGGCAAGGGCAAAACCGGAGAAAUUGCUGUAGACGGUGUCAUGCUGGUGUCAGGCUAAUGUCCUGGUGGCCUUUUUAUCAGUGGAUGCUGGAAUGUUACUGUUGUCUUUUAUAUCCUUAUAUUUGACUUUUAAUGUCAGUUCUCUGUUUUUUUUAUAUAUUAUGUCACAGAUGCCCCUCCAUUUAAAAAAUACGAACUGAAAAAUUGUAAUGUACCAAUAGAAACAUUAUUGUAAGCUGCCUUUCUUGUAUAGUUGCCUCGUUAUUUGCUUUAAAUUCAUUUCUGAAUUGAUAAAAUGUGGAAAUGUCAGUUCAGCUUUUUCCCCCAAUAUAUUUUAUUUGUCUAUAUGAGUUGAUGAACCUCUCUAUACAACACUUCUAGAAUUACAAAAAAAAGCACAGAGAAAUGUUUAAUUGUGUGACUUUUAGGGCACUUCUUGGAAACCAUGACAUCACAGAUAGACUUUUACCUAAGUUGCUUAACCUGAUCUUUUAUAGCCAAACUUGUAUGUUUAAAUUCUUUGUACUAAUAUCCAAAUAAUCACCUUGUGUCAUGGUUUGUUUUUCUAAGUAAGAAAAUGUGCUAAUUUGAUUUUAUGUUUAGCUAUGUGCAUGAUUAUUUGCUUUGUGGAAAUGUGGUUUUUAUUCUUUUCUCUAUGGAAAUACUUUAUUUUCUUAAAAGUACUUUCUAUUAUGGGAACACAUGGCUGCUUUAUUAGGCUUCAUAAUUGCAAAUUAGCAUACAUUGUUGAGUUCAAGGCCUCAGAGAACGUAAAACUAAGUUAAGCAAGUAGCAGGACUAAAAAAAAGAUGGAUACCCUCUUUUCUAUUUCUCUUUUCUACCAAAUCCAAUAACAGCUUUGUACAGUAAUGAAUCCUGAGUGAAUUGUCUGAGGAUGAAAGGAUACUCUGCUUUAAGAUUCUCAGUCACAAAUAGCUCCAAGAUAGCCCCCAAAUAGAAGGUUCUCCAGAUAUUUUCUUGCCCUCCCCUAAAAGCAAUGGGCCAUAAGAGUAAGGAAAGAGAGAAGGUGGCCCACUUAUUAAUCUUUAAAAUUUGUAGUCUCACUCUUCAAGUCUUUCAUAUUGAAACUCUUGUGGGGUGGGGGGUAGGGGAACACAUUGUUUUUCUUUAGUGUGAAGUAAUCUUGGCACAUAAGGUCUACACAAGACUGUAGCUAUAUCUGUUUGAGAACUGGUAGUUAUAGAAACCCUCAAAACAGUUUUUCUAGGGAGACCAGUUGAAAACCUGCCCCAGCUACAUCAAAUCAGCGCAGAGAAUUGUAAGAGAGAAUAAAAUGGUUAUUUUAAGACAUUAAAAUUUGGAGUGGUUUGUUACACAGCAAAAGCUAACUGAUACAUGUGGUUUCAAAUACUGCAGUAGAAUCUGAGGAAGACUUUCUGUCCAUUCAGUGAUCAAGGAAAUAUGAGACCAU